CGCGCAAUCAGGCAUCAAAAUGGGUGGCGAUCUGAACUUGAAGAAGUCAUGGCACCCCGUGCUCAUGUCCAACCAGAAGCGCGUCCUCAAAGAGCGCGCCGAAGAACGCCAAAUCCAGGAACUACAACAAAUGCAAGAGGCCGCUGGCGGCAAGAAGCGUGUCGACAGAGUAGACUGGAUGUAUGGAGGCCCCGCAGACGGUCAGAAGGGAACCACAGAAGAGAUGGAAGCAUAUUUGCUCGGAAAGAGAAGACUGGACGGCCUUGUCAAGAAAGAUGCCACCGAGGCCAUGCAAAAGCUGCUGCCGCCCUCGGCCCUGCAGAUCGCGAACAACCAAAGAGACACGGCUAUAAAGGUGCGCAAUGAUCCUAUGCUGGCCAUCAAGCAGCAAGAGCAAGCCGCACUGGAAGCUAUGAUGAGCGAUCCCACCAAGCGUCGAGCUUUGCUCAAGGCUGCUGGCAAGGACGAAGGCGACUCAAAACGCAGCCAUCGCAAGCACCGUCACAGAGAUGAUGAGCACCGCAGCAAACGCAGACGCCACGACGACUAUAGCGAUGAUGAGAGACGUUCAUCUCACAAGCACCGAUCACACCGCCGUCGCUCGCCCUCGUACUCUCGCUCUCGAUCGCCUGAACGCAGAAGAAGGGAUGAUAGGCGCGACGACAGACGUGAUGAUGACAGACGUUCCUCCCGCAAACACGACUCGUAUCGUCGCACCAUCUCACGCUCACCAGAUUCACGUAGACGGAAAUCAUACCCUAGUCCGCGACGAUCAGACUCGCGUUCUCCCUCUCGCAAGAACAGAGAAAGGGACAGCAGACGACGUUCGCCUUCUCCUGUUCGUUCAAGGACAGAACGAAGAUCUCCCUCGCCUAGACGUCGUGCAUCACCAAGCUAUGAGCCCUACAGCAAUCGCGGGCACAGAUCUUCUAGAGAUGAUCGCCCGCCCAGGUCUCAUAGGGAUGACAGCCGACCCCAGAGGCAAGAACGCCCUGAUUCUCCUGAUCGUGAAGCAGAACGCUUGGCUAAACUAGCAGCCAUGCAAUCCAACGCCACAGAUUUAGAAGCAGAUCGCAGGAAGCGUCUAGCCGAGCUUGAAGAACGCGACCGCAAACAGAAAGAAGAGGAUGACAGAAAGAGAAGCGAAAGGGCAAAUUUAAGUCAGGCCGAUAUGGGCCAGGGUGGCGGUCUGGGAGCCAGGUUGGCUGGCAGGACUGGGCUACAGAGAUUGACUGGAGAUGAG